ACUAAAAACAUUAAGAUUGCUGAUCCAUCAAAUCUUACGGUCGAGAUUUUUUCCCCCAAUUUUUAUGCGAAAUGUCUACAAUCUCUCUCUCCUCCUUCAUUUGCACGUUAUUUUCUUACUCCUCUACCUUCUCUCUCCUAAUUUCUGCCAAUUUCAUGCUACUUCUUCAAAUCCAGCUUCAAUUACUUUGAUUUUCAGCAAUUUCUUAGCUCUACGAUCUACUACCAAUUUUCGGAUUUGAUUUCAUGAAUUUCGCAUGAAUUUCAAUGUAAAUUGUUUAUAAACUUGAAUAAAAACAAAUCAAAUUGAGCGAUUUGAGUAUAAAUUUGGCAAAUACAAAACCUAGAUUGAUCAAGAACAAAUCGAAGAAAAUAAUCCUUCAAAUUCACGCUCAAUUCUCCGACCUGAAUUGCCGGAAAUAAUUGCCGAUGAAGUCUUCAUCGCAAUGCUUGAAGGUGAGAGCACUGCAUUACUUGCAUUCCAACCGAAUUAUUCAUAGGGACAUGAAGUCGCAAAAUAUUCUUAUUGGUUCAGGCUCCAUUGUUAAGCUUUGUGAUUUUGGAUUUGCUCGUGCCAUGUUAAUGAACAUUGUUGUACUUCGCUCCAUCAAAGGUACUCCAUUGUACAUGGCUCCUAAGCUUGUUCGCGAACAGCCAUACAAUCACAGAGCUGACUUGUUGUCAAAAUUGAUAUAAUUACCUUAUUUUUAUAUAUAGUGACCUUCGUUAUUUUUAUAUAUAGUGGCCUCUGUAUAAAU